AUGUCUUCUAUUUUCAAGUCCAUCUUCAAGUUCGCCGGCAAGGCCAUCGUCUAUGGCAUCAUAGCCAUCGGUGUUUGGGAGGCCUUGCUCGGAUGCCCUUCAGCCAGGAUGAUGAACAAACUACUUCGUGACAAAGAUGCGUGGGACCCAAUGCAAGCCGAAAACGACGGCGUCUGUCAACACGUGCAAAUCUGGUUCAUGAGCUGGUGGCAUUGCUCCGUUCGAUCCCCUGCGAAGUACAUCACGAAGAGAGUCAAAGUUGCGGCGGCUAAGGCCAAGCGAUCCUACAUCCGGGGCUGGAUGGCCAGAAACCGAAACAACGACACCGACACCAGCAUCACCCGCGGUGAGGAGCGGUACGAUUCCGACUUUGAAGAUAUCCGCGUCCAAGAAGCUUAUUGA